AUGGAGAAUUACCAGAAGAUGGAGAAGGUCGGCGAGGGCACUUACGGAGUCGUCUACAAAGCACGCGACCUCAGUACACCCGAUCAACGCAUCGUGGCCCUCAAGAAGAUCCGCCUCGAAGCCGAAGAUGAAGGCGUGCCCUCUACCGCGAUCCGCGAAAUUUCCCUGCUCAAAGAGAUGAACGACCCGGCAGUUCUCCGUCUCCUCAACAUCGUACACGCAGACGGCCACAAGCUCUACCUCGUCUUCGAAUUCAUGGAUCUCGACCUGAAGAAGUACAUGGAAGCACUCCCAGUCUCACAAGGUGGUCGCGGCAAGCCAUUGCCUGAAGGAACCAUGGAGGGACGAGGACACAUGGGACUGGGUGCAGAGAUGGUCAAGAAAUUCACCCAUCAACUCCUCUCCGGCAUCCGCUACUGCCACUCCCACCGAGUCCUCCACCGCGACCUCAAACCCCAAAACCUCCUCAUCUCCGCCGACGGCAACCUCAAGAUCGGCGACUUCGGCCUCGCCCGCGCCUUCGGCGUGCCCCUCCGCACCUACACCCACGAAGUCGUCACCCUCUGGUACCGCUCCCCCGAAAUCCUCCUCGGCGGCCGCCAAUACAGCACCGGCGUCGACAUGUGGUCCGUCGGCUGCAUCUUCGCCGAAAUGGCAACCCGCAAACCACUCUUCCCAGGCGACAGCGAAAUCGAUGAGAUUUUCAAGAUAUUCCGCGUGCUGGGGACUCCUUCAGAGGCGGACUGGCCGGGCGUGACGAGUUUCCCGGAUUUCAAGAGUAGUUUCCCCAAGUGGGAGAGGAAGACUGAGGAGGAGUUGGUGAAUGCGGAAGCUGUCAAAUUCCUUGGUGACGAGGGCCUGAAUCUUCUCGACGCGCUGUUAGUAUACGACCCAGCGGGCAGGAUGAGUGCGAAGCAGGCUGUGCACCAUCCAUACUUUCUGGAGGGACCGGGUGGACAGUAUCCUAAGAACAGGACGAAUGGGUUUCACUAA